AUGAAAAUUUGCUGCGCGUUUUUUAGAUCAUCGUGGCUGCUGACUAUUGAGGAAAAAAAGAAAAUGUCUCUUCUUGACAGGUAUCCGUGUGACAAUACCACAGCGCCGACAUAUUUAUCUUUCUCAACGGCCUCUUGCUCCUCACUCAUUGCAUUCAUCGCGAGUGUUAGAAACUUCCUUGUGAUUCUUUCUGUUAUCCUGAACCCCUGCAAGGACCUGCGAUCGCCUUUCAGCUACUUUGAAGCCAAUCUGAGCUUUGCGGAUCUUGUUGUUGGACUAAUCGUUGCUCCCCUGAGCGUAGCCUACCAUGUUAUGGAGGAAGUCAGUCUCCGGAAUCAGUACCUAGAAGAUACGCUGCAUGUAGGUUUUUUAAAUCUCCUGCACCGCUUCAACCCUGA